GUAAUGGAGACGGCCGCUUACGUCACUGGAACGAACGACCGUUAACAAUUCUGCCAGUUUCGCGGUUUCACCAUUUAGUGCACUUGGAGAUGGCAUUUACUAUGGAGCAGCUUGAUUCUGUGACACGGUCCACUUUACAAGCUGCAAAUAUCAGCACAGCAGUUUUACCAACUUUGUCACGUGAUGACAUUCGUGAUCUUUUCCCCGGACCAGAAAACUUUUUACGACGAAAAACCAUAUGGGAGACGUUUCAUUCUGACAAGGAGCAGGGACAUGAGGCAGGAUGCUCUAAUCAAAACAAGGAGCAGGAUGACAUUGGUUUGGCUUCUGCUCAAACUCAGUCUGAAAUCCCAGCGACAAGGCGCAGUAUCUUUGAAGAGCCCAGGGGUCAUAAUACAUUGGAUCCUCCAAGAACCUUGCAGUUGCCCAACCCUGAAUAUGUUGUUUACACUGACAGCGAGUUAGAACAUGUUAGAAAGGAGUAUUUUGAUCUGCAGCGAGUUGGACAAGAAAGAGGUUGCAGACUUUCCAAAGAACUUCGUUGUCGACUAGUGAGGAACACUGUGACUAACAUGGUGUCUAUCAUGAGAGCAUCAAGCACUGACUUUAUGUAUCCAUCCAAAAAUGAUGUAUUUGCAAUGGCAAAGCGACUGGUAGACUACUAUCCCAUGCUUCGAGAUGACUCUGUGAACUGCAAACAUACUUCGGAUUCCAUCUUCAAGCAAUUAAUGAAGAGACUCCACAACAUAAGAACCCCAAAGAAGAAACAGGGUCCAACACCACAACGAAGCAAGAAAAGGCGUUUGGAUUUUGAGGACUAUGAUGGUGAUUCAAGCUCUUGCACGUUAGAUUCAGCAGAAAGCAGCAAUGCUUCAACUGUAAUACUGGACACAGGAGAGAGCAGCACACCACCAUCAGUGAGCACAAAAUCACUUGCUGGAGGAACAGCAGAACAAGACAUACCAUUCAGUCAGACUGACAGUAGAAGAGAUGAAGAUUCUGACACUGAUAGUCAACAAAGCCAGGCCAGACAUUAUCACACCCUCCAAGAGAUCUAUAAAAGACCAAAGCCUAACAAGGAAGCAGUUGCUCAACUACUUGACCUUGAGUUUGAUGCUCGGAGAGCCUUCAUCAACUCUGACUGUUUCAAAGAGCAGGACAGACCUUCAAAGAUAUUGCAAGCAUACCCCUGUUUCAGAGAACUACAUCAUGUGAUGGAUGAACUUGGCCGGAUUCUUGACAAAGGAAACCCCAGAUUCAUCUCAAAACUAAAGGCCCGUUGGGAGAGCUUCUACAGCAAAGCUCAAUUCUAUGGGGUUUACAAAAAGGUUUUGAAGCCACCAAUGACACUAGAUGGAGUGAAACACUCCAUAGCCAUGAUGAAGGCUCUUCCAGAGAUGUUCCCAUCACCUGUAGCCCCACCAAAAAAGACAGGACAUGCAAGUGAAGCAAUCCUGCAUAUCCUAGAGCCAACAGAAAACCCAGAUUCGUUCCUCAAGGGGAGACAACUCUUCAGUCCCGUCCUGAUCUUGUCAGAGGACAACUGCAUGUUAGCCAUUGGUACUACACCUGUUACUACUUUCCCACGAGAAGACCUUCAUGAAGGUGUGCUCUACCUAAUGGCAUACUAUUAUGCACUUCAUCUUGUGUAUCCGAAGUGUGUUGCAACUCUACUGUCUGUGCUUCAGACAGAAGUGAUUUCAGAUGCAAUCCAUGGUCGUGAUGCAACUUCCUCCUACAAAAAAGCUAUCUCGGAGUGGAAAAAGUUCAUUGGGGAGUAGUGAAAAAGUACCAAGUCAGACUUAGGUCUUUUGAUCACUAAUUGUUCACAGCAGUUGUUUUCAUCAAGUUCUUAGAGACAGCAGUUGCUUUAUUUCUAAUACAGAAUGAAAAUGCUCUUUUUAUUCUUGUUCUCUUUUUUUUCAUUCUUUUUUUUUUCUUUUCUUUUUUUUCACUGUCUCAGUGAUGUAUCUGUAACCUUGGGCAAGCUACAUUUUUAAAGGCUUACCAGUUGCUGUGAUAUGAUGCGUUGCAGUCAAAUUCAAACAAUAGUUUGUUUUCCUUUUGCAAUUGGAGUUAAUAAAGCAUCUC